AUGUCGACCACUUCAGACGAGGAGAGCCUUGCUCCUUUUCUUACAGUCGUGCGAAUCGCAGUCGCUCCUAUGAGUACACUACUCCUUACCGUUUUCGUUUACGGUAUCUACGUUAUGGUCUUUGGAAGAUGCCUUCAGAUCUUGUUGGCCCGGCGCAAAGAAGACCGUCCGAAUCAAAUACUAUAUCUCGGAUGGACAACGGGAUUAUUCCUCCAGGCAACAACGAUGGUGGCGUUUGAGAUACUCACAGAAGUUCGACAGUCGAUUCUUGUAUUCAACGCUCUCAGCACCAGAAAUUACGAUACGUUCAUUCAAUAUCUGAUGCACGAUACGUUGAAGACAGUUCAAGACACGAUUGGGGAUGUACUCUCCGUCACAAUCAACGCAACAGCAGAGACCAUGCUUGAACCUUCUCGUUUCAACGUCUUUCAUAAAUCGCUUACCGCAUUAAUACCAGGCGUUGGUCUUGCAAGUGUCUUUAUGGGCACAUACGGUGAAGACCCAGGGGACCCGCACCGAGACAAAAUAUACUCCCUAGGCUCCGAGAUAAACGACUUUGGUUGGACUAUUCCUGCUGCCAUAUUAAAUUCCAUCUUGACUCUCUUAACCGCUGGAAAAAUCUGGUGGUUCACACGUCAAGGAAGACUGCUUGGUACGGCGGUGGACAGAAGAUACAAGACGAUUGUUGCUGUCAUGGUCGAAUCCGGACUUAUGCUGCCAGUGGUUUCCAUCGCGUACUUGGCGGUAGCUCACGCCUUCAACACGGAAUUGAAUAACGCCAUGCCCGUUAAUCUUGGUCCUGUCAGAGAUUUAAUAGCGGCUCUUGCACCGACUCUUAUCAUCGUACGUACGGCGUCAAAUUUGAGUAUUGAGAACGCGAAUCAGUUCAUAUCGACCCUUCGGUUCAACAACGAGAUUGGACAGCAAGGAUCGCGGAAUAUUUCGAUUGUCAUUCCGGAUAUCCAAUACUCAGUGCCGGGACACGACGAAUCUGCGGAGGAAAGCGCGGUUGCACAUAAGGUGGAGAUUUCAUCGGUUUGA